AUGGAAGGUGGUACGACGACAGAAUCUUGGUUUAUUUAAACUUGUCAAAUUACAAUUUUGGUCGCGCGCUAACCGAACCUAGGCCAGCUUGGGGCAUUAUUUCAUAUGACGUCCAAUGACGACAUCGCUGUGUCUUAGGGCUCUCAGCAUAGCUACGCUGCUACAAUUGACACCUGUUUCCUGCUCUAUGUGGGACCCAGAGAUAGUGGAGAUGGAAGUUCGGCGGAAUUCCUUGCCUUGACUCUGCCGCGGUGGUAAACCUUUUUUGCCAGAACGUUUAGAUGUGUUGAAGACUUCCGAGUGAGUUGAGUAGUUCUUCACAACUCCGGCUGAAUGGCCUACCUGUGCCGAAAUCUGCGAAACUUAAGGUCCUUGCCAUUUCAGAGCCGUAGGUAAUAUGCUGUUAAAAGCGACCAUGGUCCAAGGCAAACAUUCAAUUCCUUAUUAAUGACGAAAAUGACGGCAAUUUGACGUCAUUCUGAAAAAUCCUGCUGAAUUGACAACUCUACUUGGUAUAUAUAAUAUAUUAUUUCAAUCUUACUCUGAUCCGAAUGUCUGUGUGCCAUUUUUUCGAUGUUUCAUGAUAGCCGUUUUUUACAAGUUAUCUAUACCAAAUUUUUACAAUCGCAUUUUUCUAUAAGAACAAGAACUUAGCAGAGAUAUUUGCUAUUUUUUAAUCUGUUCAUUAAGGUUCUGGAGAACGGACACGUAUUUAAAUUGCUCGAAAUGAUGAAUUACACAGAUUCCCAAACAACAACACACCUUCUCAACAUGAGAAAUGCAGACAAUCUCUUGCGUAAUAAAACUAUGCUCUCUAUAAGAGACUUUAAAACAAACGCAACCCUCGCUGUAAUGAUGACUGUCGAUUUAUGAUUCUAUCAGUCUGUCGGAAAAAUAACGGCGGAUUGUCGCAGCGAAAUGUCUCGCCUCGCCGCUGUCGCGCACCAAAUCCCGAGCCGCGGCUUGCAGUCGCAAAGCGAUGAUGGGCGAUUCCGAGGCGCGACGAUCCGCCGUUAUUUUCCCGACAGACUGAUAUACACCACCGAGGCCUUGACACAUAUCAUCAUAAUGUCUAUAAAAGAAAUUUUCUCUUGUUUUUCUCAUUAUGUUUUGACCAUUUUAGCGAGUUUAACUUGGUGUUUACCCAUCUUGCAACAAUUCCAUCGAUUGCGACCCGAAAUAGUAGGGUAAAGUGACCCGAGUACUAAAACUUCCAGAUUUCAAGAAUGCUAUGAAAUUGUAAGAUUGUUAGAAGUUCAGUUUUCAAAACUAUAUAUUUGACAUUACAUUUUAAUUUACGCUUAUAUUUACAACAAAUUUGCAAAUACAGCAUCAUUUCUAACAGUGUAACAUAAAAAUUGACAUCUUUUCAAAGUUAAAAAUAAUUCAUAACUUUUCAAAGCUUUUCAAAAAAAAAAUGGGCUCAUCGGUAAUAUUUAGAAGAUACCCAUUUCUAAUGUCAUAACUGUUUUUUUCUAUCUUUGUUGGUCAGCUACGCCCCUGCUCACAGCCAUUCUGUUACGUUGGGUAGCCAAUCCCGGUAAAUGGCUAAACAUUUUAUAAAAUUGGAUGUCAUUCCUUCUCUGACACCCGUUCCAACAUUUCGGCUAUCUUUUUUUGAAAUUUCAAUGCCAUUAAGACACUUUGCCUAACCGACCCAGGUUUUUGACCUCGAAAUCUGAAAUAAGAUCCUGUGGGAUUUUUUAUUCGAAGAAGAAAACGGUCGAUUUUUGUCCGCUGAAGAUCAGAAACAGUAAGUUACAGUAAUCCCACCCAUUUGAAAUUGCAAUUGUUUAAGUCGCCGUCAUCCAAAACCUACAGACAUUGUGGAGUUUGCCUUUUUGGAGUGGCCACAGUGGGCUUCAGAAUACCGCUAACUGCGGUAUGCAAAUUGCCACCGACCUAUGCCAACACCUUAGGCCAGAGAACUCGAAAUAAAUUUUUUUGAAUGUUCUCGGUUGACACAGCGAGCCAAAAAUCGUGAAAAAGAUCAUAUUAUGACGGAUGAAGCACCUAUUGGGUGAUCCGUCCACGGGGUGACCUGUUUUUUUGGGGUAUCCUUCCCAAACCGCCGAAAAUUCCCGCGACCAAAAAAAGGGGGGGGGGAGGUAGCCUUAUUGUUAGACAUGUCUGGAACCGAUCUCACAGAAACAAGAUCAUAAAAAAAUCCGUCCAAUUUCCCUACAGUUCUAAUUUUUACAUUCUGUAGCCUAAUUGCAUGAAAACUCUGCAGUAGAAUGCCUCCGUUUGAUUGAUAUUGGAUCAAAAGGUCGUUUGACAAAAUUGAUAAAAAGUAAAAGAAAUUUUUGGUGCGAGUAGUUUUCGAGGGUGGACCCGCCUGUUGGGACAAUUCGAUCCCUAAAAAGAGAUGGUUUUUCCAAUUUUUGAUCUUUCCAACCUGUUUGUUGUCUGUUUUACAACUGCCGUCAGCUGAGUUGCCGAUUGUUUUACCGACGAAUUAUUUUUGAGGGCGAUCAAGGUGUAACCGCCAAUUCUCCUCUUAUGUUAUUAUUUUUGGUUGUUCUUUGAUCUUGAAUUCAUUUCGAACUUUCUGUUUUUAUUUCUUUUCGAGUUUCGAUACAGAUUGUUUUAGGUAUCAAAGAUGCCCGAGGAUCUUCUACCUUAUUCUCCUGAAGCCGCAGAUUCAUGUCAUUGGAAGGAAACCGGAGUGGAGGAUGGUUACGGUUUUCAUGAGUUCAAGGAAUACCCGUAAGAUACAUUUUUCAUUGUUAACUUGCGGUAUAUUUUGUAUUUGAAGGGUGAAGCAAAACAAGAUAAAAAACACGAUCCUUGAGGCCAUUGGAAGCACGCCUCUGGUUAAAUUGAACCGAAUUCCUCAGGAGUAUGGCAUCGAAUGUGACGUUUGUAAGUUGAUUCUAUUUUUUAAACUAAUCUUUGUAGUCCUUGAUGAUUUAUAAUUAAUAUAGAUGGUAAGGCAGAGUUUUUGAACUCCGGAGGAUCCGUCAAGGACAGAAUCGGAGUCAGGAUGGUGGAGAUCGCUGAGCAGACUGGUCGAUUGAAGCCGGGGAUGACUAUUAUUGAGCCUACCUCGGGUAAUACGGGUAUUGGAUUGGCCUUGGUGGCUGCUGUUAAAGGCUACAAGUGUAUAAUCGUGAUGCCUGCUAAGAUGAGCCACGAAAAGGAGGUCACUUUGAAGGCUUUGGGUGCACAAAUCGUGAGGUCCAACGACGAUGCUCCCUUCGAUAGCCCCGAAUCUCAUAUUGGAAAGGCCUUUGCCUUGCACAAAGAAAUCCCCAACUCUGUAAUCCUCGACCAGGUAUCCCUUUUUUUUAUGACAAAGCCUUCUUUAUAGUAUAUAAAUUGUGGAAAUCCUAUGGCUCACUUCGAGGGAACAGCCGAAGAAAUUUUGGAUUCGCUUGGAGGUCAUGUUGAUAUGGUUGUAGCUGGUGUUGGAACCGGUGGGUCUAUCACCGGAUUAGCCAGGAAGUUGAAGCAGAAAUGUCCGGGUUGCAAGGUUGUUGGAGUUGAUCCCAUUGGAAGUGUGCUGGCGGACGAGAAGGGAGAUGAUGUGGGGGCUCACUUCGAAGUCGAAGGUAUUGGAUACGACUUUAUUCCCACUGUUCUUGACCUCAGUACGGUAGAUGAGUGGGUAAGGAUUUAUCCUUUUCCUUACUUUAAUCAUGUGCUUUAUAAAAAAUGAUUUAAUUUUAGCAAAAGACUGGCGAUAAAGAAACGUUUUUAAUGGCCCGUAAGCUAAACAGAGACGAGGGAAUCCUGUCUGGAGGAUCUUCCGGAGCCAUUCUUUGUGGAGCCCUGAGGGCAGCUAAGGUUCUGAAGAAGGGACAAAAGUGUGUUGUUCUUCUUCCUGAUGGCAUCAGAAAUUAUUUGACCAAGUUUGCUUCUGAUGAAUGGAUGCUGAGCAAAGGAUUUAUUGAUAAGGCAGAGAGUGGUGUUAACCUCUUCCCGAAGGAUACAUUCGACAUCCAAAAGGUUUAUGACCCAACUUCAAAGUCGGAUGCAGCUUUCCAAUCGAUUUCCGGACCGUGGCCGUUGAAGAAUCAGAGUCCUCUGAGGCCAAUGUUGAUGGAAUCGAUAACUGAGGCCAUCGGCAAAACCCCUUUGGUCAGGUUGAAUAAACUUACUGAAGAAGACGGAGUUCAAGCGGAAGUUUGUGAGUUCUGUAAUUGUGAUGCAACAUGAUCAAUUGAUUUAGUGGUGAAAGCAGAGUUUUUGAAUGCUGGGGGUUCGGUAAAGGACAGGAUAGCCUUGAGAAUGGUGCAAUUGGCCGAGGAGACAGGUGUUUUGAAACCUGGAAUGACUGUGAUUGAACCAACUUCUGGAAAUACAGGGAUUGGAUUGGCCAUGGUUUGUGCUAUCAGAGGGUAUAGAUGUGUGAUUGUAAUGCCAAAGAAAAUGAGUCAGGAAAAGGAAGCGGCGUUGAAGAGUCUUGGAGCCGUUAUUGUCCGAACUGAAAAUCAUUAUCAGCAUUCUGAUGCAGAUUCCCACAUUGGUGUUGCCCUUAGACUACAAAAAGAGAUUCCGGGAGCCAUAAUUUUGGAUCAAGUAAGUUACGAUUCUACAGUAUUUUCUCGGUUAACUUUUUUACCGUAAGACUAUUAUAAUGCGAAAUUCCCUUGAAUUUUUAGUAUCGUAAUGUCGCUAACCCAUUGGCACAUUAUGAGGGUACCGCCGAAGAAAUUCUUUGGGCAACGGAUAAUAAGAUCGACGCUGUUGUCAUUGGGGCGGGAACCGGAGGAACUGUGAGCGGAGUCGCCAAAAGGAUCAAGGAAGUCAUCCCCACCUGCAAAAUCUAUGGUGUAGAUCCAGAAGGAUCUCUUCUUGCCGACCCGUCUCAAAAAGAAAUCCAUGGCUAUGAGGUGGAAGGCACUGGAUACGACUUUGUUCCUGCAGUUCUGGACCGCUCUUUAGUGGAUGAAUGGAUCAAGACUAAUGAUCAGAACUCCUUUACCACUGCCAGGCGUCUGAUUCGGCAAGAAGGACUUUUAUGUGGAGGAUCCUCCGGAGCCAAUGUUUGGGCAGCCCUUCAAGUGGCCAAGAAGUUGGGUGCUGGAAAGAGGGUGGUCACAAUUUUACCCGACAGCAUCCGGAAUUACAUGUAAGUGAAAAUUGAUGUGUUAAAUAUUCCAUCUUAAGGACCAAGUUCGUUGACGAUGAAUGGAUGAAAUCCCACCAAUUCCAAAUCUAA